AUGGCAGCUGCAUUCUCACUUAUGGAACGAAAUGUAAUUCUAUGUUCUCGGUACUGUUGCAUAAUGGCCAAGAAGAAUAGCAGAUCUCCCAAGCGUUCGUACAACCACAUGAACACGGAUGAUGAGGAUGGAAGCGUCCCGGUGGAUAGUGCGAGCCGUGCUGCACGAGAGAGGAAGUUGAAAGUGUUAACGAACAGAGUGGACAAGAUCAUUGAAUCUGUGAAGCAAAUUAUUAAGAAUAAUGAGAUUCAGAUGACAGAGAUUCAACAGCAGAUCGAGGAACACGUGAUUCAGGAGCAACAAGCUAGGGAGAACCCUGAAAAGCACGUGAUUCAGGAGGAGCAACAAGUUGGGAAGAACCCUAAAAAGAGGAGAAAACCUAAGAAGAAAUCGAAGCAGAUUGGAGAAGGGGAUCAAAAGGAAAAAGAGCAGCAAAAUGGGAUGGAAAUGAAUCAGCAGGAAGAGUUCGAGAAGAAAAUGAAUCAAGAGCAGGAAGAUCAGAAUGAAACGAACCAGAAUCAAGAGCUCGAACAGCAAGUUGAGGAGAAAAUGAGUCAAAAGGAGGAAGUGCAAAAUGAAUCGAGUCAGAAACAGGAAAUGGUGGAGAUAAUGAACCAGCAGGCUGCGGAAAAUGAAAGGAGUCAGGAAGAAGAAGUCGUGAAAAAGUCGAAUGGCAAGCGAAAAGCUCGGAAAAAAGCGAAAAAGCAGCAGAAAGUUGAGGAGAGAUUGAAUCACCAGCAGGAAGGAGAAAAUGAAAUGAAUCAGAAGCGGAAUUUGAUAAUGAGCCGAAUCGCGAGUGGGACUUCGGGAGAAGUACGAAAAGAAACCACUGAAUGGGAAGAUUCCGAGGAGGAAAUGAAUCGAAAACAGGAGAAAAGAAAUGGAUGGAAUCAGAAACAAGCAGUCGUGAAAAAGCCGAAUCGCAAGCUAAAGAAGCGCAAGCAAAGAAUAGCGGAUAAGUGGCAAGAAUAUGAGGAAGAAACAAGUGAAGAAGAUUAUUGUGCGAAGGAAAUGAAUCAAAUCAAAGAACGUUUCCUUUCAAUGAAUAAUAACUGGGAAGACGCUCUAUUGAGGAAAUCGGGAAUCAGAAAGGAUACACUUCAACCGAUCUGGACGACAAGCACAGAAACACAGACCAUGGAAUCGGAGACUGAUAUGUUACUGUGGAUAUUGGCCGACAACUUACAUUACGAUGGUGACCUGCUCGUCACUGCAGCUGGUAUCAUACGUUACUAUGGCAGUCAGUGGUGGUUAAAAUAG